AUGGGUGGAGUGGAGUUUGAAGGCACUGCUGAUCCCACUGAUGCUGAACAAUGGCUGGAGCGCAUGGAGAGGAUACUUGAGCAGUUGGAGUGUUCAGAUGUUGCCAAAUUUAAACCAGAUUUUGGAGGUCCAUCCAAAAGGGGAAGGUUUGAUGAUUCUAAGGCAGGUAGUGUUAACAGGUCACCUCAGCAACAACAAAACAAAUCAGAAUUUUCUACAGCUAGCAUUCCAAAUUAUGGCAAAGGCAAGCCUCGCGUUCCCACCUGUCCACAAUGUGGAAAGAAUCAUUAUGGAACUUGCAGGAGAGCUUCUAGCUCAGUUCAUAGGCCUUCUAAUCCUCCUCAAACUAAUAGAGGUGCAAGACCUAAAAACACCCAAGCGGCAUGUGCAAGUGGAGCUAAUAAAGCUAGUAGACCAAGGGCUACUGCACGCGCUUAUGCUAUGAGGCAAAGGGAUGAUCAAGAUGGACAAGACGUGGUUGUCAGUAAAUUUCACUUAUUUGGCUUUUGUGUGUUUACACUGUUUGAUCCUGGUUCUACACAUUCCUAUAUUUGUUCAUCACUUAUUCUUCCUGAAAACGUGAAAUCUGUGAGACUUAAUUAUGAUGUGCUAGUUGAAAGUCCUUUGGGUUAUCAAGAUGUGUAA